UGCAUGUAGUUGCACUCCAACCCAGCAAAUUCUCAAAAUUCUCUUUCUUUCAGUCCAGAUUCACAAGGAUUUGUGGACCGAUCAUAACAAGGAGGAGAAGGGUUUUCAAUGAAGAGGCCAAUAAAACAUUUGUUAAAAACAUUACACUCUUAGUUCAAUUCAAGUUAAAUAAAUAAGCAAUUGAGAUCCGAACAGGAACAGGGGCUCGCAAAACGCAAAACGCAAAACGCAAACUGCAUGGAGGGGAGGAGUAGAAGAGUCUUGGCGGUAGAAUUCGAGCGAUGGGAGUGAAAACAGGGAAUAGUUUGCAUGCAACUUUUAGUGCUUCAUAACUCAGCAUUGCCAUUUGGGUAUCUUUCCUUUAACAGAGAAUUCCCACUUCCUUGCAAAUUUUCAUGUUUAUCAGCUCUGGAGUCUACCGAAUGAUUGUGAAAAAAACUUCAAUUUCUUGAGUAGAGUUGUGGGUUUGCAUGUUCUUAGUCCCCUUUGCUUCUUUUGCCUAUAAAAUUGCCAUGGCCUUAGUGGGUGGUGGUGGAAAUGUUCCAAUUCAGGAGGAGAAGGAGAGUAAUAACCAUAGUGAAGUUGUGAAAGUUAAUGGCGAAGUGGAUGAAGGGCUUAUCUCUGAAGAUGGAGGAACUGUCCCGAAAGAUGGAGGGCAUGUUUCUAGUGUGGGGAGUGAAGUUCAGGUAUUCACUGAAAGUCCUCCUGUUCCUACCGGGAGAAAAAGAGGCCGACCAAAGCAGCCCAAGUCUAGUAUGCCGAAGUCUAGUAACGAUGAAACUAGCGUGGAGAAUACUGUAAAACCGAAGAAAACUGUAAAACCAAAGAAAAAAGUUGAUGCAACUCCGAUGUUUCAGCCUACUACACCUAUGAGUAGUGAUAGGCCUGUUAGGGAGAAGAAAUCCGUGCGGAGGUUCAUAUUAGCUUCUUCAGAAGAGGCGCCAAAAUUUUUUGUUGUCGAGAAGGGCAGUGGCAGUGGUACAGCUCUGAAGGACAUCCCAAAUGUGGCAUAUAAGCUAUCAAGGAAGAGCAAAGCUGAUCAAAUCUGGAAAUUGCUUCACAGUGUUAUUUAUGGAAGGCGUGUUAAGGCUGCUCAUAUCAGAAAUAAUAUUUUGCAGUUCUCUGGCUUUGAACAGGGUGAGAACAAGAAUAAUGAGAAAGUGAAGGAAAAACUUGAAAAACUUCAUAAAGAAAACUUGGCAAAUCUCUGUGAUUUUCUAGAUUUGCAACUUUCAAAACCUACAGUUAAGAAGGAUGAGUUGGUAGCAAAACUGCUUGAAUUCCUCGAGGCUCCUUGUGUGACACAGAAUGCUUUAUCUGAAGAAAAAGAGCAGAAUUCAAAGCACAAAAAACGAAAGAGAGCAGACAGUAACGCUCCAGGAAAAACACUUGGGGAGAUUACAAAAAAGGGAGUUGAUGCUGGUGACAAUGAGGCUUAUAAAGAAAGUAUGCUCGACAAACAUGAAAAAGAGAGUUUGAAAGAAAAACAUGAUGACGAGCAUGGAUUGAAGAGAAAAAACUCAAACAAGUUUGCUAAAAAAGGAUCCAAGGCAAAGGCAGAUGAAAAUGUGGCGAAGAGAAAAGGUGAGAAACAGGGUAAACAACUUCAUAGAACAGAUCCAAGUAUUUCCUUAAAAUCUACUGAUAAGAAAUCCAAGAGAAAAGAGAUUGAUGCCAGUUUGAUAAAACAUAAAGAUGAAACAGAGAAUAAGAUAAUGCCUAGGAAAGUUUUGAAAAGGAAUUCAAAAGGUACCAAUAAGAAAGACAUAGCUGUGAACAGUGAGGGGCUGGGAAAGUUAGAAGAUGCUGAAAUGAAUGCUAAGAGAAAGCGUGGUGGGAAAUCCUCUCAAUCUCAGUUGCAAAACCCCGGUGAUAAUUUUCUUGAUGCAAAGGAUACUCUCAGGAAUGAUCAGCAUACGUCUGUUAAACCUGAGGCCACCUAUGGAAGGAAGGAAAGUAAGACUCAGACAGAUAGAAUGGCAGAAGGAAAAAUUAAGUUGGAAAUGAAAACAAGUGUGCCUGAUCCUACUGAAGAAGAACUCCGUUUUAUAAUCGGGGAACUUCUCAAUGAAGUGGAUUUCAACACUGCAACACUCUCUGACGUAGUCAAGCGAUUGGGAAGGCAUUUUGACAAGGAUUUUACUGAAAAGAAAAACUAUAUUAAAAAUCUAGUCCAAGAAGAGUUGUCGAGAAUUGCAGGAGAUGAUGAUGAAGAUAACCACCAAGAUGAAAUCUAGGAGAGAUGUCAUGGUCUGUGGACAUUGGUGAAAUUAUCUUUCCCUUUUUAAGGCUACCUGUCUCAUUGACAUGUCUCUUUUUGGCAGUCAACCCUACUUAGUACUUUGCAAAGCACAUAUUGGAAAUAGCCAUGUACAUGCUAAUUAGUUUUGUAUUUUCUUUGAUUUAUAACCAAAGUUUUGUAGUAAAUCGAUAACUUCCGACUAUGGCAAUGCUGAUUCAGCAUUCAGCAUUGCUGUUUUUGAUCUUAAUGUAACUAUUGUAAAUUUAUAUCUGGUAGUCUUUUCGUAGAACAUUUCCUGAGAUUUGCCCUACUAAAUGUCAAACACAUUUUUUUGUAGUUGUGAGUUAUGCCCAAUGAUUGACCAUGAUCUUAUAUUAUAAAUCUUUGUUGGAUAUGUACACAAAGGUACAGAACAUUUAACAGUCGCACAUUUUUGUCAAAAUUGAGCCAUCUUUGCUGACUAAGUGCAAAACUGUUGCUUUUUUCUGGUGUAAUAAAAUGCCAGGUUCAACCUUAAA